AUGAAUAAUAGUAUUAUUGCGGUUGAUAUCUUGCCAAAUAAUGAUGGCAAACUGGUUAUGUAUGGAGCACCUAAUAAAGAUAUUACACAUUCAGUUUCUGGCAAACUACGUAUAAUAUUAUCGAAACCAUUAAAAACCAAAUUAAUUUCAAUUAAAUUAAAGGGGAAAUCCGAAUAUUCUGAUUGGGAAAAUCAAUAUUCUUGUAUGAAUAUAGUGAAAUUGGAUAAAGUUUUACGAGAGAAGUCCACUUUGCCAAGUGGGGUGACGGAUUUAGAUUAUGAAUUUAAUAUCAAUGGGAAUAUUCCACAAACUUACGUUACAUCAUUUGGUCUUAUAAGAUAUAAAUUAGUAGCUAUAGUACAACCAAGUUCUUUACUGGCGAAGCAGAGUCGUGUCGAAAGGUCCAUUAAUAUCGCAAGGCAUUAUUUACCAUGUAGAAGAGAACUUUUACCCGCUCCUCCUACAAAAGUUUAUCGAGGUCAAAGAAAAGACAUCUUAAAAUAUGAAUUAGAUGUUCCAACCAUCAUUUGCGUAAACGAUAAUUCUUUAUUAAUUCGAUUAAGGUUACUUCCUCUUUGCGAUCAAGGAAAAGUGAGAAAGGUCACUUUUGAUUUAAUACAAUCUGAAAAAUACAGGAUUCAACCGUCACCUCAAGAUUUUCAAGAAUUUUCAAUUGACCCCAAUCAACUUAUUGGAAAUGUUCAAUUGAGUAGUUCAUCAAUGGCAAAACGAAAGAGAUCACAUCCAAUUCAUCCAACUUCCUUAAAUAUUUCUUAUGAUGAAGAUACUUGGGACAAUCCUUUAACUUAUAAUUUACCUAUUGAACAACAUAAUUCCCCAACUAUAAAAAGUCCUUUAAUGCGUGUAAGGCAUAAAUUAAAGAUCACCAUGUCUUUUGAAUCCAGAGCAGAGAAGACCUUAGAAUUAGGAUUUCCAAUUAUCGUUACGACAAUACCUGAUGAUGAUACAGCAAAUCGUCUCUUCAUGUUUUCAAAUAAUGAUUUACCAACUUAUGAUGAUGUCAUCAAUCAUAUUAACGACACUCUACCUCAAGAAGAAGUUGUUUCUCGUCCAAUGACCCCAGAAUCACAUUCUCAAAAUCAUUCGAGAAGUAGUACAAGACCCACGACUCCAAAUCUUUAUGAAGAUGGUAGUGGUGAUUCUCGUCCUGUUACCCCAACUCCUUCCCCUCUUACCCCCGAUUAUUUCACGAUUAAUUCAAAUACAAAUGUUUCAUCACCCCUUCCGACCUCGGUUUCGGAUCAACAUCUACCCUUACAUCCUCCUUUACAUAAAAAGAAAAGUCAGCGUUCUUUAGCCCAAGCCAUAGGAAGGUUGUUUUUACGUUCAGAAAGUAGUUCUCGUCCAACUUCUCCAUCACAAAGUGUGUCUACAACACCAACUUUAACACCAAAUUUAUCACCUACCUUAUCUUCAUAUCCGGCUAUUCCUUCCCUUCCAAAUAAUUAUCUUAGGAGGAGUAGGACUUUAGCUACUUCGACAAGUCUAAGGGGUGGUUUAUCAGAUGUUAAUAAUUCAAGAACAAAUCAUUUAUAUGCUCGAACCAAUAGUCCAAUAUGGCAUCUUAACAUGCCUGAUGAGGAUGAUGUACCUGCAAUCACACCUGAGAUUCAUUCGGCUCCUUCAAGUCCACGUGAAUCUUUGAUACCAAAUGUUCCAGAAUCGUCCACUUCAAAGAAUCUUCUUCCUCCAACGUUGGAUCAUCAAAGACGUAGUAGAAGACGAGCCCAUAGAAGAUCAGCAUCAUUCGAUUCUUCUCUAGCAAAAAAUGAAAAUAAAAUUGUAUAUGGACCAACUACUCCCACAAGAUCUAAUACUGAUAAUUCUUCAAUCUCUACUUUAUUAAGGCACCCUAGUCUCAGUAAUCUUAAAGGAGUUGUAAAACGUCGUCUACAGAAAAAACCUUCUUCCGAUGAUAAUAAUGCAUCGAGCCUUGGUCUUAACGAAAUUGAUAUUAAUAUUAUAAUACCAAGUCCAACUUUGGAGUUUUAUAAUAACUCCUAA